CUCAAGCUUGGGUCGGUUUUCCAGUGCUAGGGAGACCCUGGUGACCGAGGGGUGGUGGUGGUAGGCACCCAGCUGACUUGGACCUGGGGAUGGCAGGUGUACCAGAAGGGGGACACAUCCCUCCGAAGCCUCGGGCUGUCUUUGCUACCUAGGACACCACCAUGGGGGCCUCCCCCUCCCAAGUUCUAGGCGGAGGCGGGUUACCUGCGGUGACCUAUCUCCUCCCCUCCAGGACACCACACCCACGGGACUCUGGUCUCCAGGGAGAGGGACCGAGCGGGAACAAAGGGGUCUUUGUUCCCGGCUCCAGGGGGGCGGGAGUUUGGCUGGCUAGCGUUUUUCCUUUUCUCAGCGUCCCUGGGGUACUCGAGGCUUAGCGCCACGGUUUUCCCAGGUAGGGCGCCGUCCUCCGAGACCCUAGAACUCAGGUCAGGGCGCGGUGCCCAGGGCCACCGUCUACUGAGAGACCCUGGGGGUGUCUGGGGGUGUCGCUGAAGAAGGAGGAAGGGACGGAGCCUGGAAGGAGGCGGGUUCAGAGUGCUGAUCGCGGGCUUCCUUGGCCACGGCUCGGCGGCCGGGGAGUACCUCCGUCUGUUGCCAUCCACCCCACUUCCUUGCCUGGCCCCAUCCUCUGCACGCCUGGCCCCCCGCCCCUGCCGUCAUCACGCUCCCGGUGGCUUCUCCCAGCUUGGUACUUUCCUGCAGAGCCAUCCUUCUGGACAAACUUUGAUGGGGAAUUUCACACCGAGCUGGAAAAAUGCCGGUUAUGAAAGGAUUACUGGCUCCUCAGAACACCUUCCUGGACACCAUCGCCACCCGUUUCGACGGAACACAUAGCAACUUCAUCCUGGCCAAUGCCCAAGUGGCAAAGGGGUUCCCCAUAGUCUACUGUUCCGAUGGCUUCUGUGAGCUGGCUGGGUUUGCACGAACUGAAGUCAUGCAGAAGAGCUGCAGUUGCAAGUUUUUGUUUGGUGUGGAGACCAACGAGCAACUGAUGCUUCAGAUAGAAAAAUCCUUGGAGGAGAAGAUAGAGUUCAAAGGAGAAAUUAUGUUCUACAAGAAGAACGGGUCUCCGUUUUGGUGCCUAUUGGAUAUUGUUCCUAUAAAGAAUGAAAAGGGAGAUGUGGUCCUUUUUCUGGCCUCAUUCAAAGAUAUAACAGACACUAAAGUGAAGAUUACUUCAGAAGACAAAAAAGAAGACAGAGCCAAAGGAAGAUCAAGAGCGGGGACCCACUUUGACUCAGCCCGGAGACGAAGUCGAGCCGUCCUGUAUCACAUUUCAGGACACCUGCAAAGAAGAGAAAAGAACAAAUUGAAAAUAAAUAAUAAUGUGUUUGUAGAUAAACCAGCAUUUCCAGAGUACAAGGUUUCUGAUGCAAAAAAAUCCAAGUUCAUCCUGUUGCAUUUCAGCACUUUCAAAGCUGGCUGGGACUGGCUCAUUCUGCUGGCAACAUUUUAUGUAGCUGUGACAGUACCUUACAACGUGUGCUUCAUUGGCAAUGAGGACCUGUCCACAACCCGGAGCACAACAGUCAGUGACAUUGCAGUGGAGAUUCUUUUCAUUAUAGAUAUUAUUCUAAAUUUCCGAACAACUUAUGUCAGCAAGUCUGGCCAAGUUAUCUUUGAAGCCAGAUCUAUUUGCAUCCACUACGUCACGACUUGGUUCAUCAUUGAUUUGAUUGCUGCCCUGCCCUUUGACCUCCUAUAUGCUUUCAAUGUCACAGUGGUGUCCCUUGUGCAUCUCCUGAAGACUGUCCGGCUGCUGCGUCUUUUGCGCCUCCUGCAGAAACUGGACCGUUAUUCUCAGCACAGCACAAUCGUCCUCACCCUGCUCAUGUCCAUGUUUGCUCUCCUUGCACACUGGAUGGCAUGUAUCUGGUAUGUCAUUGGAAAAAUGGAGAGGGAGGACAACAGCCUUCUCAAGUGGGAAGUCGGCUGGCUUCACGAGCUGGGAAAGAGACUGGAAUCUCCGUACUAUGGCAACAACACGAUGGGGGGCCCAUCCAUCCGAAGUGCCUACAUUGCUGCCCUGUACUUCACUCUCAGCAGCCUCACCAGCGUUGGAUUUGGGAAUGUGUCUGCUAACACGGAUGCAGAGAAGAUCUUCUCCAUCUGUACAAUGCUGAUUGGAGCUCUGAUGCAUGCCUUGGUGUUUGGAAAUGUGACUGCCAUUAUACAGAGAAUGUACUCCAGGUGGAGUCUGUAUCACACUAGAACCAAGGACCUAAAGGAUUUCAUCCGUGUGCAUCACCUGCCUCAGCAGCUCAAGCAGAGGAUGCUUGAGUACUUUCAGACAACCUGGUCAGUCAACAAUGGAAUAGAUUCAAAUGAGCUUUUGAAAGACUUUCCAGAUGAGCUGCGCUCUGACAUCACAAUGCAUCUAAACAAGGAGAUCUUACAGCUGUCCCUGUUUGAAUGUGCCAGCCGGGGCUGCCUUAGAUCUCUGUCUCUCCACAUCAAAACAUCAUUCUGUGCUCCAGGAGAGUAUCUGCUGCGCCAGGGAGAUGCUCUGCAGGCCAUCUACUUUGUGUGCUCAGGCUCCAUGGAAGUUCUUAAAGACAGCAUGGUAUUGGCUAUUCUAGGGAAGGGGGAUUUAAUUGGAGCAAAUCUAUCAAUUAAAGACCAAGUGAUCAAGACCAAUGCUGACGUGAAGGCUCUGACUUACUGUGAUCUUCAGUGUAUCAUCCUUAAAGGUCUCUUUGAGGUCCUGGGCCUUUACCCUGAGUACGCACACAAAUUCGUAGAAGACAUCCAGCACGACCUCACAUACAACCUUCGAGAAGGUCAUGAGAGCGAUGUAAUAUCAAGAUUAUCAAACAAAUCAGCAGUCUCACAGGCAGAGCCCAAGGGGAAUGGAAGCAUCAACAAGAGACUGCCAGCCAUUGUGGAAGAUGAGGAAGAGGAGGAGGAGGUGGAAGAAGAGGAGACCACCUCCCUCUCUCCUAUCUACACAAGGGGACCCUCUGCUUCACACCACAAGAAGACUGUAGGCAACAAGAGCUACCUAGGAUUAAGCCUAAAGCAACUAGCCUCAGGGACAGUACCUUUCCACUCACCCAUCAGAGUCUCCGCUGCUAACUCCCGGAAAGCCAAGCAAGAGGCUGAACCACCUCACCAUGGCCGAAGGAAAGAGAAGAACCUGAGAGUGCAGCUUUGCAGUCUGAAUAGUGCUGGAACCCCAGAGCUCAGUCCAAGGAUUGUUGAUGGAAUUGAAGAUGGCGAUAGCAAUGAGGAAACUCAGACUUUUGACUUUGGCUCUGAACAAAUCAGGCCAGAGCCCAGAAUUUCUCCUCCACUCAGAGACCCGGAGGUCGGAGCCGCUGUUCUGUUCAUCAAGGCUGAGGAAACAAAGCAGCAAAUAAACAAGCUCAACAGUGAGGUAACAACAUUGACUCAGGAGGUCUCGCAACUAGGGAAAGAUAUGAGGAACAUCAUGCAACUUCUAGAAAACAUCUUGUCACCUGAGCAGCCAUCAAGGUUUUGUUCUCUGCAUCCUGCUCCAAUGUGUCCUUCCAGAGAAAGCCUACAGACCAGGGUGAGCUGGAGUGCUCACCAGCCUUGCCUACAUUUUCAGGCAGGUGGAGCGCAGCUUUAUCAUGGUAAUGUCACCUCUGACAUCUGGAGUGUGGAUCCCUCCUCUUUGGGCAGCAGCCCUCAACGAACUGAAGCUCAUGAGCAAAACCCAGCAGACAGAGAACUGCAUCAUUCUCCAAACCUUGAUUAUUCCCCUUCCCACUGCCAGGUUAUCCAGGAAGGUCACUUGCAGUUCCUAAGGUGCAUCUCCCCCCAUUCUGAUACCACACUGACACCUUUGCAGUCCAUCUCAGCCACUCUCUCAUCCUCCAUCUGCUCCUCAUCAGAAACAUCCUUGCACCUGGUUCUCCCAAGUAGAUCAGAAGAGGGCAGCACCACCCACGGACCUGUGAGUUCCUUCAGUUUGGAAAACUUACCAGGCUCUUGGGACCAAGAAGCAAUGAUGUCAGCCUCUACAGAAUCCUUGGAGAACUUUCCAGAAGUUGUCACAAGUACAGCAGAUGCAAAGGACAGCAAAGCCAUAAAUGUAUGAUAUCAGCACAUAAGGGCAGCUUCCAAUGCCAAACUGCUGCUGCAUGACAGCUCUAGUUGGCCUCUGGGGCCUCUAGUAGGCAUGGUGCCCAAGCAUUGUUGGGAAUUCUGCAGAAAAGAGGGCAAGGGGCCAGAGAAAGGCAGAUCCACUUCUCUACUGUAGCAAACAAUUUCUAGAUCUUGAAAAGCAUCAACCCUUGUUAUGUACAGGUAUUAACUUACUGGUCUGUUUGGCAGACUUUGGUAACCAUCCUAUGACCCUGAGGGUCUGAGUAGAUAGAAACCCCAGACAAAGAGUUUAGGGAUGAGUUUUGUCAUAGUGCAUUUGUGAAGUGCAGCAAAAGUCUUUCCUGAGUGCCUGAUUGUCAUUCCUGAACAGUAUCUAUAGCAUUGUUGGCCUCGGGGGUGCAUGGCUCCCACUGAUCUAUUUUCCUUUUUGUGAAGGUAGAGGGACAAUUAUUACUGCAUGUCAUCUCCUAGACAAUCAGUAAAAUAAAGCUGGUAGCCAGUGGUUAGCUAGCCACGCGUUAUUUGCCAUGUAAAUGAAAAUGUCUUUAUUUAUUGAAAAAAGCUAUUUUUAUAACGUUGGUAUGAAAUAUGUAUUUAAACUAUUUAUAAAAAAUGAAUGUUUUCUUUUCAUUUUGGUAAAAAAAAAAGCUUGCUGUUUUAACAAGAAAUGCACUACUGUUAUGUACAGUAAAUCAAAAAUUAUUUAUCAUUAGAAGGUUGUAGUUUCUAAAGGAAUCCUCUUUUAUCUGCAUGCAGUUUAGAAAACAGAAAAAAAAGUGAACCCUCACAUUUCUGGACUACCAAAAUAUGACAGUGGGGUCACAUUUUAUUAUUGAAAUAAAAACAUGGACUCAGUGUGAACUCCAUGAGGUUUGGCCUGGUAAUGGAGAGGGCUACUCAUCUCUGCUGACUUGUGCAAUGCUGUGGAGCCAGCAGCAGAUGUAACAGUCCUCUGAGCAGUGUAUUAUGUGGUUUAAGAACCUAAAAUUUGUGUGUAUAAUAUGUGAUCAUAACCUACACUGAGCCUUUGGGUUCAAAACUAUGAAUGUGUCCUACUCUAGUUCCCCAUUUUAGGAAAGGCCAUGGAGCAACAUACAUCUCCAAAUGAGGCCAAGACUUGUGGACUAUGACUGCUGGGCACAGUACCCAUUUAAGACUGCCCAUGAUACUCGAUUAACUUAGGGCAGCAUUGAACCUUUGAAGUUAAAGCUCCCCAUGGGGCUGACAGCUACACAGCAGAUGCCAUGUGUGUGGCAAGAGAAGGGAAACUUGGGAUUACAUGGCUAGGAUCUUCACAGCUAGAACCCAAAAUGUUUCCAGUACUUCACACACACCAACAUGCAAAUUCCAAUGCUAUGUUUGGCAAUGAUAUAAACACAUUCAUUUAAGCUGCAUAUUGUAUUUAAGGACAUUUAGGCCUUCAUCUUCUCCAGUUUCCCAAUUAGUCCAUAUUCUGGAGCUCUUCUGGCCUUAUAUCCACUACAGAGGAUAAACAAUGCAGAAUUUCAUCAUUAAAAAAUAUCAAAACAAGCUGAGGUUUCUGGUGUUGUGAUUUGUACACCCUAACCUGGCUGGAGCGGCAGAACCAGAAAAGAACUCUUAAGGAAACAACACAGGAUUAGGCAACCUACCCAAAGGCUGAGGCAGUCUAUUUUUCACACUUUCAACCUUCAGUCUUUUCUUAAGUUUGGGGGAAACUGAGGAAAGAGCAACGGUCUAGAUUUCAUGUGUUCAUUUGCAUCUCCCUUUCUUCUUUAUGUUUGACUUAUUUUAAGUGCUACUCAAAGAGAGUUCAUUGAACCAACAGGUUCAUGAAGUUCCACAUGAUGAACCAGCAGGAAUAUUACUGAUGCCAAGUACAGAGACUCACAUUCUAUUCUCUGGUAUUGACUGUAUAGCAAGAGAUGUUUGGAAAUUACAUGUAUUAGUCUCUCUCAUAUAACCACCAAAUUAUAGUAAUAGUCAUCAUCGUUCCUAUUUUAAAAAUAAACAAUUGGGAUAUUUUUUUUAAAUUUUCCUCAUCAUAUUGUUUUAAAUUUUAGAACAUAUACACAAAUGACCACUAAUGAUGCUUCAUAUCCACACCCACCCUUU